AAGACACUGAUAUUUCAGCCCUUUUGGCUCUGAGACCCCACGUGACUGAGUUUCGCCUGGGAGUCCGGUUUUACACGGAAGAGCAGCCCGCUGCCGCUAUCCUGCACCUGGAGAAGGCGCUGGAGGAGUAUUUCGUGGCGGACACCGAGUGCCGGGCGCUCUGCGAGGGACCCUAUGACUACGAGGGCUACAACUACCUGGAAUACAACGCAGACCUCUUCCAGGCCAUGACAGAUCACUACAUGCAGGUGCUGAGCUGCAAGCAGGGCUGUGUCACAGAGCUGGCCUCGCAGCCCGGCCGCGAGAAGCCCCUGGAGGACUUCCUACCCUCGCACUUCAACUACCUACAGUUCACCUACUACAACAACGGGAAUUAUGAGAAAGCCGUCGAAUGUGCCAAAACUUUCUUGCUCUUCUUCCCCAAUGACGAGGUGAUGAAGCAGAACUUGGCCUACUACACCGCUGUCCUGGGGGAGACACUGGCUGGGCCCAUCGAGCCCCGAGAGGCAAUCCAGGCGUACCGCCAGCGGAGCCUCAUGGAAAAGCAGCUGCUUUUCUUCAGCUACGACGUUUUCGGCAUCCCCUUCGUGGACCCGGACACGUGGACACCGGAGGACGUGAUACCAAAGAGGCUGCGUGAGAAACAAAAGGCAGAGCGGGAGACGGCGGCGCGCAUCUCUGAGGAGAUUGGCAACCUCAUGAAGGAGAUCGAGACCCUCGUGGAGGAGAAGGCCAAGGAGGCGGCCGACGUGAGCAAGUUCAUCCGAGAAGGUGGCCCCUUGGUCUCAGAAGGUGCCAGCGUCACCACGAGCAACGGCUCGCAGCGCGUCGUGGUGGACGGGGUCCUCUCCGAUGAGGAGUGCCGCGAGCUGCAGCCGCUCUCUAAUGCUGCGGCCUCGGCUGGGGACGGCUACAGGGGCAAGACAUCACCUCACACCCCCAGCGAGACCUUCCACGGCGUCACCGUCCUCAAGGCCCUCAAGCUGGGCCAGGAGGGCAAGGUGACCCUGCGGAGCGCCCACCUCUACUACAACGUGACGGAGAAGGUGCGCCGCAUGAUGGAGUCCUACUUCCGCCUGGAGGUGCCGCUCCACUUCUCCUACUCCCACCUGGUGUGCCGCACGGCCAUCGAUGAGAAGCAGGAAGGUCGGACUGACAACAGCCACGAGGUGCAUGUGGACAACUGCAUCCUCAACGCGGAGGCCCUGCUCUGUGUGAAGGAGCCGCCCGCCUACACCUUCCGGGACUACAGUGCCAUCCUCUACCUCAACGGGGACUUCGAAGGGGGAGCCUUCUACUUCACCGAGCUGGAUGCCAAAACUGAGACCGCAUCGGUGCAGCCACAGUGCGGCCGCGCCGUGGGCUUCUCCUCGGGCUCGGAGAACCCGCACGGCGUGAAGGCGGUGACCAAGGGGCAGCGCUGCGCCAUCGCCCUCUGGUUCACGCUGGACCCCCGGCACAGCGAGCGGGGGCUGUGGAUGAGCUGCGCCGCGCAGAGCACCGGGCAGCUCCAGUGCCGCCUCCACGACUCGCUGCUGGCGCUCGACGCCCACGUACAGACCUCCCGGGCCCUCAUGGUGGUUUCCCUCCUGCUCGGCUUCUUCGGCCUCAUCGUCAGCAUCGUGGGUAUGAAAUGCACCAGGGUGGGUGAGGACGACCCCAUCACCAAGGGCCGCGUGGCCGUCGCUGGCGGCAUCCUCUUCAUCCUCUCGGGGCUCUGCACGCUGGCUGCCGUCUCCCUCUACGCCGCCCGCGUCACCCACGAGUUCUUCAACCCCAGCACCCCUGUCAACGCCAGGGACAACGGGAACCUCUAA